GGCACUCCAUGACCACUUACCACCCUCCCGCUAUCCUCGCGCAAGCGUAACUAAUUCGUUAUAAAUUCUCCACUACCCCCAAAUCUCUCUCCAUUCCCUCGCAACACGAUCACAAUGGGCGAGAAGAAGACCCAGAAAAGUGAUGCUCAAACAAAGGACAAGAACCACGCGCCCAACAAAGGCGAAACUAGUCCUACCACCGUCGUCUUGGAGGUCGACUUGCAUUGUGAUGGCUGUGCUUCCAAGAUCAUUCGUUUCCUCAACUGCUUUCAAGUGAAAUUCCACAUUGUUGUUAAAGGCGUGGAAACUGUGAAAGUCGAUGGUGAUUCCGGCAGGGUGACUAUCACCGGAAAUGUGGACCCCUCCAAACUCCGAGACAAGCUGGCCGACAAGACCAAGAAGAAGGUCGACCUCAUCUCUCCCCAGCCCAAGAAGGGCGGCAAGGACUGCAAAACCGACAAGAAGAAGCCCGACGACAAGUCUGAGAAGAAGAACGCCGACGGCAAACAAUCGAAAGAGCCUCAGCAAUCUACGGCGGUUCUGAAGAUGGCAUUCCACUGUCAGGGAUGCAUCGAGAGGAUUCGCAAGACGGUGUCCAAAACCAAAGGAGUCAAGGAAUUGUCCAUGGACAAGGACAAGGAAACCAUUACGGUGAAGGGAUCUAUGGAUGUGAAAUCUCUCGUCGAAAGUUUGAAUGCGAGGCUGAAGAGGAAGGUUGAGGUGGUUCCUCCCAAGAAGGAUAAGGAAAAGGACAAGGAGAAAGAGAAAGAUGGCGCUGGUGAGAAAGGAGGAGGAGGCAAAGGAGGCGGGAAGAAGAAAGGCGGUGGAGAUAAUAAGAAGGCUGAGGAGGAAACCGGCGGCGGUGACGGCGGAGGGAAAUUGGAGCAGAGCAAGAUGGAGUUCAUGUUCCCUCCCUAUGCGUAUGGGUAUAACUACGGUCCGGUUUAUUACAUGGAGCCAGUUCAUCCACCACAGAUGUUCAGUGAUGAGAACCCAAAUGCCUGCUCCCUCAUGUGAGGCUUCAGAUGUCUCUGUCAGCAUCAGAACGCAGGGGAAGACAGUUUUCGCUCCCUUUUCAUGUUUUCUUUUCUUUCUUUCUUUUUUUGGUAGCUAGUUGGGCUUGAAGUUCUAACUUCUGAGUGAAUGGAUGAAGCAUAGGGAAGCAGAGUUGUUUUUGUGGUUAGUAGAAAGGUUUUCAUGUGAGUAACUAUAACUCCACGAUGUAAAUGAUAUAGAAAAUGGCUUCUGUAUUGCACUCGGGAUGUCACUUUCUGCCGAUUUAGAUUCUUUUAAUGAAGCGUGAAGCUGAAA